GGACGAGUUCAAAUAGAAGCAAUCACGCAACACAAGCACACCCCCUUCUAGAGCUGACUUCAUGUAUGACAAUUAAGGAGUCGUUUGUUACCCCGUUUAAUUCGUAACAAUUAAUAAAAAUCGACAGAACCUUGUCCCGAGAUUAGCAAAGAAAAACUUUGGUAACGCCCGACGCGACACACACUCACUGAUCCCCAAUUCUGCCCUCUUCUCUCCUCAAUCUAGGUUUUCCACCAUCCUUGUUUUUAAUUCAUUCAGUUCGGUCUCGAUCUGAUCGUUGUCAGGGAUGGAUCCCAAUCCUCUUCAGCCGAGCUCCGACUCCGACAAGUCGGCCGGGCUAAGUUGCUCCGAUUCGCUUCCUCCAUCUGGCCCCUCCUCCUCCUCCGAUCCUAAGCAACGGAAGCUUGAAGAGGACGUAAAGGUUGGCAUCAGCAACACGGAGGAGGAAAGCGACGACGAGGAAGACAGCAGUGACGAGAUCGACGACGACGACGACGAAGAAGACGAUGCGAUGGAGGUCAAGCAGUGGAUUCCUAAGGUACAGACCCUCAUCAAUCGCAUUCCGGAAGACGAUGAAGGCCUGCAACGCUCAAUUUAGUUAUCCUCCUCAUAGGAUAUAGUGUGAGUAUAUACUCACAGGGCCGGAUGGCCACCCACGUCGCCGAGCCGAGAUCAGACGGUGGAGGAAGGUUGGCGUCAACUUGUGAGGGGAGGAGAGCAGAGUCCAUCGGCUGGACCAAGCCCAGACACUCUGGGACAAAAAAGUGGGGUCCACUUGGUCCACAAAUUCAAAAAACACAAUUGAUUUUAUCUAUUUAAACCCCUCCCUCCUCUCUUUGAUAUUUCUCUGUCCGUUCACUUUCACUCUCUCUCCAAAAUUCAAAAACACUUUCUCUCCCCUUCCUUUCCCAAUACCGACGACGGCGACGACGACAUUCAAGGCAUCGGCGACUGUGGCUUUCACGGCAGCGGCGAACUUUCAAGGCUGCAACGAUGACGAUUUUGACGGCACCACUGUGGUGAAGGCGGAUUCGACUACUGUAGCAGUCGCUGAACAAAGAAAAAUAAGGCGACUGACGCCGUUGAGGUAGACGUCUUCUUCUUCCCCUUCUCCUUCCGUUGGAUUGCAUAUAUUUGAUCUUGGGUUUCAUGGAUUCGACUAGAUCUUGGUUUUUCUUUUACUUCAAUUUUUUAAUGGGUUUUUAUGGAUUUUAUGGAUUUUUUUUCUGAUUUCAUGGAAACCGCUGGAUCUGGAUUUUUUUCUUCGAUUUUUUAAUGCGUUUUUAUGGAUUUUAUGGAUUUGUUUUCUAAUUUCAUGGAAACCACUGGAUCUAGAUUCUUUCUUUUGCUUUGUUAUUUUGGAUGAGUUUCUGGAUUUGUUUUCUGUGGCAUGGGAUGCUAGUUGUUUUGUGGAUUUGGGAUAUUAGUAUAAACUCGCCUGGAUAGUUUUCUGUUGUAUUUGGAUGUCAAUUCAUUGAUAUUAGUUUGAUGAGUAGUGAUAUUAGUUGUAUACUUUCAUGGAUAUUGUUUUGAUGUAUUUGGAUAUCACCUCAUUGAUAUUAGUUGUCAUCUUUAAGGAUAUCAGUUGUAUGAUAGACUGAGUUUUUGUUUGACGAAUGUGGAUAUGACUUCAUUGAUAUUACUUUUGAAUGUUAUGGAUAUAGUUAAUGUGAAGUCCAGAUAUUAGUUAGCUUAUGUCAGGAUAUUUUCUGUGCAGGGAAAUCAAAAUGGCAAGAACUAAAGGAACUGCAAAGAGGUAGCGAGUAGAAGGCAAAUCCUCGAGACCUAACCGUGGCAAACAACCACAGGAAAAUGAGUCAGAGGAAUAUGAGGACCAAGAAAUUGAAUAACAUUUUUUUUAAUAAUGGAUGGUUGUUCUUUAUGUUCUGGAUUGUAGUUCUUUUGAUGAUGAAUAUUGUAAUGAAAGCACAGGUUAAGUAGAUAGUAGUCAGGGCUGUCUGGAUAAUAGUAGCUUCAUGCAUAGAUAUUACUCUGGGCUUUCUGAAUAAUAGUUGUUGAAUGACAAGAUACUAGUCUGGUAUAUAGGGAUAAUAGUUGCUACAUGAGCAUAUAAUACUUUGAUAUAUCAGGAUAAUAUUUCCUUCAUUAAUAGAUAUUGCUUUGGGCUUUCUGGAUUGGAAUGACAUUAAUACUAGUUGUAUCGCGGUUUGUCGAAAAACGAUUUUGUUUUAUAUGGAUUUGUUUAAACUCAAUAUCAACACAAACAAACAUAGAUAAACAUUCACACAAAAUAAAUAUCCAAACCACUCACACUAAUAUCAGUUCAGCAGAACAAAUAUCCACACCACCCAGACUAAUAUCACACCGUCUAAUAUCAAUAUUCAGUCAGUCUAUAAUUAAUAUCCUCAACAUCAUAGACUAAUACCACUACAUCAAACUAAUACAUGACCAUCGCGAAU